CAAACCUGGAUAGGCUCUGCUCUCUAGAGCCAGGCGCACUGCGCAGUAGGUACUCUGGCGAGCCUCUUCACGGACUUCGAAGCUACCUACAAUCCGACAAUAGUCCGACUCCCAGUGGUGGAAAGAGCUAGGUAGGCACUUGGAAAGUGCGCCAGAGGGAGAGAAUAUUCUGGUCACGGUACGUUGGUAGGUAGGUAUAGGGACUCCUAGGGAGGGACCUGCACCUGGCAGCACCACCUUUUGGGGUUGCAAGCUCAGGGACAAAGAGUGGAUCCCUCCAAUCUCCUGCUACCUCGUUCCCUCAAAGGUGGCAGCUUGCAACUUCGAUAAAUACGAACCACUGUCACUGGGCAGGAUCAGUCGAGCCAUCUGAGUGCCAUGCUGGGAGGAAGCGCUUGCUUUCGCAGCAUUGUCCCCGCUUCAGCAAAGUAGACCACGUCUCCGCUUUGCCAGCCCACUGUAGGGAGCGCCGGCCCCGGUCUGCCAGCUGUCAAGCCCUGACGGAGGUUUGGUUCUUAACCAGAGCCCGUAUAGAACAAGCCGGCCAGUACCCUUUCAACCCCCUUAACCAGGGUGGGUUAUUGCCCCGGUGCAUGCAAACCAUGACUAAGUCCUGGCCCACUGGGGCGAAGCUCCUGCCGCUGAUCCUGAUGGUCACGUCCUUCAUGGCCGGGCGCUCGUUCGACCUCCUCUGGUCGCGCCAGCGUUUUGGAACCGCCCUCAUGAGCCACGAGGACGCGUUUCUAAUCAGCGUGCAAGUGCAGCGCGUGCAUGAGGUCCAGGAGAAGCACCGCGGCAACUAUUCAGAAGGGGCCCCGCAGCUGACGGGAGCGGAGCAGGAGAGGAUCCGCAGCGGGAACUGGACGGGCUUCAAUACUGCGACGCCCACCACCCUGCGCAACGUCUUGUUCGGCAUCGGUUCCUCCGUCCACAGCUAUUCCUCGCGCAAGGAUCUCGUGCGCACCUGGUGGCAGCCCAACAAGACACGUGGCUUCGUCUGGUUGGACGGCGCGCUCCAGGACUACGACUGGGCGUCCGAAGGGCUCCCCGAGGCGCGAGUGUCCGAAGACACCUCUCAUUUGCCGUACACGGGAUGGGGCCCCCGCUCGUGUCUGCGCGUCGCGAGGAUUGUGAUUGAGGCGUUUCAGUUGGGGCUACCGGACGUGCGGUGGUUCGUGAUGGGAGACGAUGACACGGUGUUCAAUCCGGACGCGCUUGCAGCGGUGCUCUCUAGUUACGAUCACACCGAAAUGCUCUACCUGGGCAGCGCCUCCGAGACCGGCGAACAGUUGGUCAUCGCCGGGUACGAGAUGGCCUACGGCGGGGGGGGCAUCGCUGUCAGCUGGCCGCUCGCGCUCGCGCUCUCCGAGACCAUGGACGACUGUAUCCGGCGCUACCCGGAACAAUACGGGAGCGACGCGCGCGUGCGCAUCUGCUCCGCGGAGCUCGGCGUGCAGCUGACACGUGUCCGGGGGUUCCACCAGUUCGACCUGCGCGGAAACGUGGCGGGGUUUUUACAAGCGCACCCGCUCGCGCCGUUCAUUUCCAUGCACCACGUCAUGCUGCUGGACCCCGUGUUCCCGAACAUGACGCGCGUGCCGGCGCUGGCGCGGUUUACGAACAACAUGCGCGCGGACCCGAUCAACUUUCUGCAGACCGCGUUUUGCAUAGACCACGAGAACAUGUUCACGGCCGUCGUCUCGUGGGGCUACUCGGUGAAGCUGUUCGUCGGGGCGGGUCGCGUCGGAGAUCUAGAGCGGGCGGAAAUGACGUUCCAGUCCUACGGGUAUCGCAAGGGCAUCAAGGAGUUUACGUUCGACACGCGGUCGGAGGUCGAGAGUUACCCGGACGGGGGCCAGUGCGCGACGCCGAUAAAUUUAUGGGUGGACGGGGUCGGGGCCAGCGCCGGAAAUAAAAUGAACAGCACGUACUCUAGAGACGUCCCGAAAAAUCAGACGGACUGCGUCCCACAUAUGGUCGCGCGCGUAUCGGAGGCGACGAUAACGCGCGACGUGGUUCCGUUUGCGCCGAGCCGCGACGGCCUUUUCCGGGGCCCGAACUUGCGGCGCCAGUGCUGCCGCUCUUUGAGCGUGGAUCCGAGCUGGUCCAAGCUCGUUAUAGAGCUAGGAAGUUGCAACGGCAUUCUGUAAACGUACGCACGGCUCUCAUAGGUGCUCCCCGGCUUUGGGCAUCAGCUCAUUGGGUUACAGGAUCAAUCAUCGCGAGAAGCGCCCAAAGCCCAUAGGGCACUUGAUCAUGUAAUAGUAAAAACGGCCGAAGGCUUCAAAAAGCACACCGUAUACGCACUCUAAGCCCGCUUACAACACCUUGUUACAGUCACAGACAGCAUAUAUAAGAGACUUGCUCAAAGACCUUAGAGCAUACAUAUUUAUUGCUAGACGCAAACACUCGCUUGACAAGCAUACCGUGUAAGCACCACGCCCGCGGAACGAGAGUUUGUAAUUUGAAGUCACAGGCAGCGAGAAGAAGGUCUCGGAACAUCCC